AUGCGAAGCCCUGCCAUUGUACAUUACCGUUCCAUCCAAGCCGUUCCAUACUUCAAUGCGCCAGAGGCGUCCAAAGCCUCAUGGCAUAACAAUCGUCCCGAUGGUUUGUCUCAAAUCCCUUCUUGUUCCUCAAUGGUAGCCCCGACCCAUUUUUACAAGCGAAAUUGUCAACCCUUUUGCACUGAAAUUGCGGAUGUUUUCUCAUCUAAUAUCUUUGAUAAGAAUAAUGAAAAUGAACCUGAAACUAAAAUGGAAACCGGUCCCGAAAUGCCUCCGAUUCUCGAUGGGAUAGCGGCCGUGGUUGGCCAGCACGUUCUAUUUGGUGACAAUACCAACCCCGCGGAGAACAACCACAGCAACGGUAGCGAUAGGUCAGGUUUCGUUUCUGCGUCACAACGUUUCGGGGCAAACAAGAGAGAACUCAGUAUUAGUGUACCAGUGCAGAAAAGCUACAGAGGUGUGAGAAAGAGGCCGUGGGGGAGGUGGUCAGCGGAGAUACGCGACCGAGUUGGGCGGUGCAGGCACUGGCUAGGCACGUUCGACACGGCGGAGGAGGCAGCGCGUGCUUAUGAUGCAGCGGCGAGGCGGCUGAGAGGGUCAAAAGCCAAGACCAACUUUGAAAUUCCUUCGGCACUGCCAGCUCUCUCAUCACCCUCCACCUCGUCGUCAUCUUUGGAGGCAAAGAAGGUCAAAGGCAAAGCUAAAACCGAGAGGAAAUGCGCGGUAGUCACCUCCGUGGAUCAACUGUUCAGUUGUGAUAGUAGCCUUCGAGGAAAUGAAGGGAAAAGGAAGUUGGAAUUGGAGUUGAAGCUAGGCGUGGGACUUAAUAGCAAGGGCACUACGUCAAAUAAUUAA